GUGGUGUCAGCUGACUAUUUUUACAUUGCGCAGUAACAUGGAUGAAACAAUGACACGAGAUUGUACAGUAUCGAAGAAGAGCACAGUAGAAUACCUUAUCGAAUCAAAGAUCCAAGGACAUCUCUUGAAUACAGUCAAAGAGGAACACACAAGAGUCAAAGAUUUUGUCGAGAAACUGAGACAGACAGCGAGUGACAUGAAAAUGGUAGAAAAUACUUAUGGGAUCACAAAAGUCCGAGCAGAUGAAAUGUUGUGUAGAAUUAGUACAUUAGAAGCUGAUCUUCAUCGACAACAGACCCAACUGAACAUUGUCAAGCAUCUCAGAGAUAAAUCAGAAAUGGAACUACAAAGGUGUACAAAUAUUUUCUACGACACCAAAUAUGUCGUAGCUUGCGCGCUGAGAGUACGUAAAAUGAAUGAUACUGGAAAGGACAUUUUGGAGAUGGGGGACCGGCAGUUGAUGCUUUGUUUGUUCGAUAUACUCAACAAAGCUGUCACGGAACGGUGGAAAAAUAGGACACCUUCAUCUGCUACUGUUCAUUUCCCUCAAGAAGCUUAUAAAAUUGGUGAUCUGGGCAUUAAAGUGUCGCACGUUGAGUUGCGUAAAACUAGAAUGUCAAGACAAAGAAAAUCUUCAAGGCUCAGUACCCUUAAAAUACUGGCAUCCCUUGGAGUCAGAUUGUCUGGAACUAGUUUUUCAAAGAGCAAAAUAAUACCUGAGAAUUUAGAAAAUUCAGAUGAGGCCGAAGAGUUCGAAAAUUCUAUCAAUGAAGAGGCAGAUAAAAGCAAUAGAGAAUCGAGCAUAUCUCUAGGCAGCCAAGAAGAAGAUUUAGAGCAAAAACUUAUUACGGUGGAGACAGUUGACGAUGAAGAAACGGAAGUUGAUCGAGAAGAUGAAUCAGAGCUGGAAGAAAUGAAAUUAAAACCAGAAGAGCAAUUACCAGACAAUGAUGAUGAGAAACAAGACGAAUUUGAUAAAAAUCAAGAGAUAGCAGUGAAGAAUGAAAAAGGCGAAUCAACAGUAGGUACGGCGGAAGCUGGUGAGGCAUCCUCGAAUCAAAUAGAUGUGCCGGAGUGACUAUGAUCUGUGCAUUUGCAUGUACUGUUUAACGUUUCAAAUCAAAUUCUUAUCACGCAUUUAAGCUCUUUCCUUGUAAAAAUUGUAGG